GUCUGGCUUGCAGCUAUAUAGGCGAUUGCAGUUGAUGUUACAUCCCAAAAUGAAAGACAUCUAGGAGACCAGACAUCAAAGUGAGAACACAUGCAGGCACGGAAUGAUGGACGCCUUUUUAUGAUGGACCACUCUACUCUUGAUGACUUUUUACAGUGCUACGGGCCAUUCAAAUGUUGUGCAACAAGGAGCGGGAGAUGUCUCUAUACAAUCACCAAAGAUAAAGAGACUCCGGUAUCGACACAGCCCUCUCAAGAGCUCCUUAGUCACAAAUGGGAGUGGGUGAUAUCCAAAGACGACCACUCUAGCAGCCAAGUGGUCAGGUCAGCAUUGGACUGGAUGGACCGCUGCUGCAGGGAGGACUCAGCAUCCCCGCCAGUCACGACGGGACAAGUUUCGACGUCGGCGUCGAUCGUCGAAAUACAAGCCAUUAUAUCAUCGGGGAGAGGGGCGGCCGACUUCGGUUCACGAAUAUCAAGGACGACGACGCCAGCACCCAAGCAGUCAGAUCAGCGGUUGAGCUGGACUAGGAGGUGGCGGUGGACUGGACGGACCACUGCAGGGAAGACUCAGCAUCACCGCCAAUCACGACGGGACAAGUUCCGACGUCGGCGUCGUUCGUCAAAAUACAAGCCAGUAGGCUACAUCAUCGGGGAAAGGGGUGGCCGGCUUCGGUUCACGAAUAUCGAGGACGACGACGCCAGCACCCAAGCGGUCAGGUCAGCGGUUGAGCUGGACUAGGAGGUGGCGUCAGGUCGACGCGGUCGAUCGUCGAUAUGCAAGCCAGUAUCCGGGCCAGUAUAUCAUCGGGGAGAGUGGCGGCCGACUUCGAUAUGCGAGUAUCGUGGUUAGAAAUCUCGCCGAUGCGGAGUCGGGCGGCGAUAGAUCGUGGUGGCUUUUCCUGUAAUGGUGGACCCUUGUUAUUGUCUAAGAUUUUACUCAUUCAAAUUUAUGCAGUCCAGAUAAUUCUAUCAGGCUUCCCGACAAGGAAAGAUUCUGUCUCCUGUUCGUAUAUGGAUACGCCGCUGGUUAUCAGGGAAAGUCCAAGGUAUAUGGUCACUAAAUAAAUUUUGUUGUCCCAUACGAUACUAAGUAUUGGUGUUCUGAACCACAUUGACCCAACGUGUAUAAUUUUCCUACAUUAUGGCCCCAUGGCCCGAAUUCACGAAGGAGGUUUGUCGACACACCUAGGUUUAUGUGCGUCAUAAGGACUCGU